UUUGUUUAGUUUCAUAUUUACCUCGGUUUCAUCAGCACCGGAAAAAUUUGUUGAAAAAUACAAAAACUGUUCCACCUACCUAUAGAAUACGCGUAGUCGUAGAGUCGUCACAUCACAAUCACCAAAAUGCCCAAAAGACGAAGAAUUCAAUACACCAGGGAAAGCUUGGUCGAAGCCCUGAAUGCCGUCGAUCAGGGAAAGAUGAGUUUGUACAAGGCGGCGAUCCACUUUGGUGUUCCCCGAACGACGCUGUCCACCUAUCAACAGGACCGAGACCGGAAAGGAAAAACCGGCCCGACGCUUACCUUCACCGAUGCCGAGGAGCAACUGAUGGUCGAGUGGACGCGGGAAAUGUACCAAAAAGGCUUGUUCUGCCGAGCGAACGAUCUCCUGGAGGCAGCUCGUUCCAUCCUGGAUGACUGCCCGAGGACGGGCAAGCAAAAGAACCGCAAUCUGUCUACCAGCUGGUUAAGAGCAUUUUACAAGCGCCACCCCAAAGUGACCAAAUACCUGCGCGUGGACAUGGAAGAGCCUCCCGAGCUCCCGCAGCUCAAGUGCUAUGAAGCUGUUUUCGAACACUUGGAUUGCCCGGCCAUUUUCAACGAUCCUUCGCGUGUUUUUAAAUACAACGAAUUUAAAUUUGGACUUUGUACAGGUCUCCAGAACUACAUUUCUGGAGAAAGCUCUGGCAGCAAGUCGGAUUUGAUUACAACGGGUAUUAUAACAUCAGCAUGUGGCAGGCUCGCUUUCCCCAGCAUAAUCUAUCCACACGAUGGGACCAUUCCGCUGGAGCUUGCAGCAACGGUACCUCUCUUUUAUGGAUACGGGAGUAGUCCAAAAGGUACUUCAACGAUUACGACAUUCUUCAACUACGUCACCAAAGUUUUCUACAAAUAUUUAAUGCUGAACAAAAUGCCACUUCCGGUCGUGCUUUUCGUGGACGGAACUAGACCUAACGUUUCGUUCAGACUGUGGAAAGCCUGCAGAUCGCUGGGUAUCCAUUUGGUGGCCUUUAAUCCGGAUGCAAGCCUCAACUUCAACAAUAAGUACUUUCCACCAAAAACUGUUCUCACGACGCACAUUGUAGAGAAAAUGCGUGACGCGCUGCUCCAAUGGCGGGAAACUAACGGAAAUAGCAUAUCGGAAAUGAACUUUGCCGAACUGCUACAACCGGUCGUGCACAACGACGUUUCAAGCAAUCUGAUAUUGUGCGACUGGUCGAGAUUUACAUUCUAUCAGUGGAUUCAACGGCGACGGCUGCAAAUAGAAGACAUUGAAUUUGUUAGUGCUAAUCCGUCGAUAGCUGGGACGAAAUCAAACGCUGUAAGUAAACAGGAGUCUAAAGAAGAACCAACUGACGUGAUAGGAGAAGAAGAAGAAGAAGAAGAAGAAGAAAAGCUGAUUCUGGAGACUGAUGUUGGCGCGGAUGAGGCCUGAUUUACAAAUGAAGGUAUGUUUUUUCGAUAUCA